AUGCAACUCACAACACUCUUCACAGCUCUAGCAGCUGGCGUAACCUUGGCUUCAGGCAAGGUCUUGACUGUCAUCGACCCAUGUCCACAGGUCACCACUUCGCACCGCCUGUCGACUAUCACUGCUCAACAUCAGGUCAUUUCCACGUGUGCCCCGACUACUGCAUGCUUCUUUCGCAAAUGCUCCACCAUCUACCCACCCGUACCAACGACUUGGGUGUCGACUACAAUUCCAUGCGACUAUGAUGGCAACAAGCAUUCAUCCACGCUGGUCACAAAGAUCACCCAACCCGUCACAUGUUCCGCCAGUAGCAGUAGUCUCACAAAGGUAACAUCAGUCCCGGUCACCGUCAACAACAAGGUCUUCACAAAGACGAUCACCCUAGAGAUGACAGCUCGAAAGGAAUGGUCGGCCAAGUAUGAGAACCUUGGGCCGUUGGCUAUGCCUGGCUACCCCGGUUCCGGGCUUUGCAAGGACUGUACCGCCAAAGACGGUUCCAUCAUCCAGGUCUUCAACGUCAAGGAAUGCAGAUCCAAUGCUAAAAGCACCGAGUGCAUCCUCUACGAUGAGACGCGAGUUUUGCCUGCCCCGGCUACUGUUAUCACCCAAGCCGCAUGUCCCGUAAGGACAUCCGUACCAUCUGCCGGUACUUACACGUUCAAAUUUCCUCAAACUGUUCCUGCAAGAACCGUCACAAUCAGGGAACAAGUUGUCACCUACACCAAGACUGUAUGGAACGCCUAUGUCACCAGAGUAUGCAAUGGACCGACCAACUUUGACUUUACAACCACCGUGACCAAGACUUUAUUCGUCCGUCCUCCUCCCGCUACGUCUGCUGUUACAACAAGUGCCGCUCCAAAAGGCUGGGAAGAUUGGGUGGCACCUCAGCCCACAUCCACCCCUGCCUCGACAAAGAAGACCACCUCUUCUACUCGAAGACCGGCUUUGGCCACCACCACCACCAGCAACUCACACAGCCGCUCCAUUAUCGAGACGUUCUCAACUUCCACGGCCUCUUCCUUAAUUGGACCCGUUCAACCUGGUACCACCACCACCAUCUCUUCCAGCCGCUCCAUUAUCGAGACGUUCUCAACUUCCACGGCCUCUUCCUUAAUUGGACCCGUUCAACCUGGUACCACCACCACCAUCUCUUCCAGCCGCUCCAUUAUCGAGACGUUCUCAACUUCCACAGCCUCUUCCUCAGUUGCACCUGUUGAACCUGGUACAACCACCACUUUGUCAACCUACACCACUCAACCAUCGAGCACAACAACCUCAUCCUUCUCCCUCACUGGCCUUCCCGAACCCCCAACGACGUCACAUACCAGAAGUUUCACUUUCUCAACGGAUUCUUCCAGGUCAGUGCUACCGCUCCCAGCACAGACAUGCGUCCAACCCUCUCUUUCGGCCCCCAACUCAGCUCAAGUCACGGCUGCACUCAACCAGUGGGUCUCAGACAUCACCACGGUUAACAGCUUCCUCGAAAGAGUCUUGGCGCAACCUCCUCCAGUUCUACACGAGCACGAAAUUGAAGACAUCGCCCGCGAGAUCUACACUACUGCCUUUGACGAACCCUGCCAGCUUUUCACUCUGGUAUCCGCGAUUGAAAAUGCUGGCCGCACAAGUGAGGCAUCUCAAUGUGCUUUCGAUGAUCUCGCAAACAGCCCUGUACCUGUAUUCCCAACCUUUGUCCUUGGCUCGCUUGCGGAUGUCAUCAGAGACCCCAGCAGACUGUUCAUCGGAGCUGAAAUCAUCAACCAUCGACGAUGUUGCAAUGUUUUGCGAGACGUCGAUGUUUUGUUCCAAGCCACCUCGGAGACGUAUCCCGGGCUUUUGCUGACUGCUCCUCGGCCUUCGACCUGCCAGGCUGUCGACUGUAGCAACCUGAGAGAUCCUCCUGCAGCCACCUGCUCCGCCCUGCCUUUUACUCCCAUCAACCCUACUUCUACCACAUCUAGCCCUCCAACACUUCCAACUACAACAACGACCAGCCCGCCCCAUUUCGAUCCCACGACGACAACAACUAGCCCACCACAUUUUGAUCCCACGACGACAACAACUAGCCCGCCACAUUUCGAUCCCACUACAACGACAACCAGUCCACCGUAUUUCGAUCCUACCACAACCACAUCACCGUACGUUGAGCCUCUUGUAACAUCUACAAGCUCUACUAUGACUCCAUAA